AUGGCGCGUAGCCGAGAUCCUAAAGAUGUACAGGCUUGGCUUAUUGGAAGCGGGAUCGCUUCCAUGGCAGCCGCGGUACAUCUGAUCAAGCAGGCCAAAGUCCCGGGACUCCAAGUUCAUAUCCUCGACAUCCAUCAGGGCUGUGGGGGAGCGAUGGAGGAGGUCUCCGGUAACCCAAGCGAUGGCUAUGUCCUUCACACGGGCGCACAGCCGUACUUCCACGAAGAUUGUGUCGAAGAGCUCCUCGCGAUGGUUCCUAGUCCAGAUAAUCCAGAAAAGACUGUCCUGGAUAUCAUCAAAGAUUACGAGUUAUCCGGGAGACCAGACAACAAAGCCAAAAUUCGCGCACUUAGGCCAGGCGAGGGAGAACAGUCUCCCGAAGUGGACGUGCAUCGGAUGCAGAUUGGGGCGAAGUUUCGGAUGGAGCUCAUCACAUUUCUCCUGGACCGUGAAAGGGCGUCCGACUCAAGGAAGAUCAAUGAGGUAUUUGACGAAUCGUUCUUUAGGACAGAAUUCUGGGCACUAUGGUCGACUACUUUUUUCGUCCAGCCAUGGCAUAGUGCGACCGAGUUUCGUAGACUUCUAGCCAAAUACUUGCCUAAGUUGCAGACUCGCAGUGAUGUUCCUGAAUUGGAGAGAACGAGAUUCAGCCUUUAUGAGACUUUGAUAAUCCCCAUCACUAAAUUCUUAAAGGAUCAAGGAGUUGACUUCCGAUUCCAUGCGAUGGUCACCGAUCUCAAGUCGUAUCCGUCUAGCGACCCAACAACUAUCUCGGAGAUUAUGUUGGUUGAGAACGGAAGAGAGGAACUUAUCACGGUAGAUCCAUCUGACAUUGUUAUCGUGACGUUAGGGUCGAUCUCUACCGGGAUGCAGAUAGGGUCUAACAAAGAGUCUCCUUCGGAGGUGUCAGUGGAGAGUGUAUAUGAUGGGGGAUGGUCUCUUUGGAAUAAACUCGCUCAGCAGUCGACCAAAUUUGGCAAUCCUUCUAAUUUCAUCACGCGGACGGAUGAGACAAAAAUCGAGACCUUCACCGUCACUUUUCGGGAAUCGGACUUCAUGAAGUAUUACUCGCGGCUCACUAAGGGCAAACCGGGUACGGGUUCCCUACUCACCAUUGUAGGAAGCCCCUGGUGUUUGAAUAUUAGCAUUCCUCACCAGCCUGUUUUCGCGACGCAACCAGACAUUGUUGACGUGAUUUGGGGAUACGGACUACGUCCAGAAAAAAUCGGGACAUAUGUGAAAAAACCCAUGGAACAAUGCUCCGGUGCAGAGAUCCUCGUUGAGCUACUUUCUCAUAUGAAGUUCCCCGUUGAACCACUUCUCGCAUUGGCCACGACAAUUCCCUGUUUCGUUCCCCUGGGAACUUCAAUGCUAUUGACACGGGUUCUUCACGAUCGUCCAAGUGUGAUCCCGCAUGACACAACGAAUGUCGCCUUCAUCGGGCAGUAUGUUGAAAUUCCCGAUGACACCACCUUCAGCGUGGAGUACAGCGUCCGAGGAGCGCAGACGGCGGUGUCCCAAUUAAUGGGCCGGCCCAAGGAGCCCCCGAAAAUAAGCAAGAAUGUUCUUUUGGAGGUCUUUCAUAUGGUAGUAUGA